AACUCUUGCCUUGAGAUGGGUGCAGUUGUAAACAACAAUUAAUGUGGAUUGAGUUCUGUUUUGGACACGUUUGGAAUGAAGCUAAAAGUUCCCUGCUGGAUUUUGGACUGAUUCCUAGUCCUGUACAUGCAGAAAUAAUCCAGUAAAAAUCACAAAAACAACAGCUUCUUCUAAACAAAUCUCCUGUUUGAGGAACUGGUCCGACCCUCAUGUCGUCCCUCUGCCUUUCGCCUGUUUUCGUCUCUGCUCGCUUUUUUUUUUUUUUCUUCCUGCAGAUGUUCAUUAACAUUACAAGACCUUCCCCUUAGCUCCUCCCCCGCGCUCUGAUUGGCCACACUGUUACUGGAGCUGUCAGCUCAGCUCUGGGAAGCUUUUCUCUCUGCUCAGUUCGACCUGCAGCCUGUAAGACAGGCUGGCUGCAGCCAGUGCUAAGCGCUUUGUUAGCUGGCUCAGAGGGCACCCAGGGAAACUCCAGCCGUAUCAAUGAAAUAGUAUACUUUCACCCCUCAAUUUUCGUUUUGGAAAAUGAUCCUCUGCACGAAUAAAAUGGAGUAUCCCUUAAGAUCGCAGUGCCAGCGAGUACAAAAACAGGUGAUGGUGAACGGUGAGAAGGAGCGAGUGUCGCUGCUGGUCAUGAAGGCGCUGGUCAGCAGGGGGAGUGUAGACGCCGUAUCCCAGCAGAUGGCCACUCACCCCCAGUAUCUGGAGAGCUUCCUGCGCACACAGCACUACAUCCUGCACAUGGACGGCCCCCUGCCGCUGCCAUAUCGCCAUUACAUUGCCAUCAUGGCUGCAGCUCGACAUCACUGCGAUUACCUGGUGUACCUGCACUCGGCCCAGUUUCUGAGAGUGGGAGGCGACCAUCUGUGGUUGCAGAGUUUGGAAGCAGCACCCCCUCGUCUUCGUCUCCUUGACCACAUUAACAAGGUGCUGGCCCAUCAGCCGUGGCUAACCGCCUGCUCCCAUAUACAGACGUUGCUGAAGGCGGGUGAACAGUGCUGGUCACUGGCAGAGCUGGUGCAGGCCGUGGUAAUCCUGGCUCACUGUCACUCCCUCUGCAGCUUUGUGUUUGGAUGCGACGUGAACCCGGACUUUGCCCUUUUCUCCAAAUCUCCCAACGACACGCUGCCAGCCUUUUGCCCCUACGAUGCUGCCAACGGCAACACCAACGUGCCUCAGUCGCUCGCCGCCCCCUCUGAACACAGAACUCGACGACGGUCCCUGGAAUCGAGUUGUGAGAUGGUCUUUCUUAGAGAGAGGAUCCAGAAGUCCCAAGAGGAGCGCGACAAAAGAGAAGAGCAGUUUCUGCAGACACACCAGCAAACAGACAUGGAAGAGGAGGAGGAGAUGAUUUGCUUCGCAGAUCCGUCGCGCUUUAUCACAGAUCCUGACUUUUGCUAUCAGGAGUUCAGCCGCAGAGAGGAAGAUCGUUUCCAAGUGUUGAGAAUUCAGGACUAUUCGUGGGAGGACCACGGCUUCUCCUUGGUCAACAGACUGUACUCGGACAUCGGGCACCUCCUGGACGACAGAUUCAGAAGUGUAGCCACCCUCCCCUCAUUGCAUAGCCCCGACCUGAAGAGAGCCGUCUGGAAUUAUAUUCAUUGUGUUUUAGGAAUCCGCUAUGAUGAUUACGAUUAUGGAGAGGUGAACCAGUUGCUGGAGCCAGAUUUAAAGCUGUACAUCAAAGCUGUCGCUUGUUUUCCCGACGCCACAAAAACUCUGAUGUGUCCUCUGAGUUUGACCGCCGCUAAAAGCUCUGAAAGGAUACACAUAAAUUUACUCAUCAUGGAAGCCCGGCUGCAGGCCGAGCUGCUCUAUGCACUGAGAGCCAUCACUCAGUACAUGAUUACCUAAGUGUUGAGGCGGGGGGCACGGAGGAUCGACAAACAUCAGCAUUGAUGGUGCAGAAACUGAGCCCAGCGGUUCGGGGCUGCGUCUCAUGAAUGUGCUUUUUUUCUAUCAGAUUCAAUGUAUUUUCUAUCACAGGAAGUGGGGGCGCGUGCUCAUCGCUCCUGAAGUUUGUCUCAUUGUGAAGUCCGAAAAACAUCCCGACUCUCAAUGGUUAUGUGCAAUUUUUUUGUAGAAGUUAUUUUAAUUUUUAUCCGUUUGUGUUCAGUGUUUGAGAAACUGCUUUGAUUUUGUUUCAUGUUUUGAAGCAGUGUGUUAACGGUGGCCAACACUCCUAUCAGCUAGACAAGUAUCCUUUUGUAUAAACUAAGCUUUUGCAGAAAAACAAAAACAAACAAAAAAAAACUUUUGUACAAAUGAAAUGAAUGUUUAUGGGAGUUCAGGGCUUUUAUUUUUGUUUUCUUUUUAUGGACAAUCCUUGUCUGUGCUGCAGGUAGAACACUGCAGCGCCGACAGGUUUGCUCGCCCUUACAUUUCAAAUAGAAGCCGGUCACAAAAAAGCACAGCCGUGACACUGCUGGAAGUUAUUGCAUCACUAUCAACUAUAGUUUCUUUUAAUAAGCACUUUUUAAAACAAACUUUAUAUAUUUAUAAUCCAAUGUAGCUCACGUAUUUACAUUAGUUGGAGUCCUUUCUUCUUGUCUGUGUACACUUUAGGGGGCCCUCCAGCUUUCUGCUGCCCUCAUUUCUGAAUGAAGGUACAAGAUCUGCAACCGCAGCAUUUUCAGGAAGACGUAUCCUAAAGGAGUUCAGAAAUGGAUAAGCUGAGCCAUUCUGUGUGUUUGAGAAGUUAACUGAGUAAUAAGUCAUUGUAAUCAGAAAAACGAAUCCCUGUUGUUCCAGAUUGUUCAGGGUUUUCCUCAUGGAAACCUGCACAAAAUGCAGUUUUCUCUUCAGUUUUGCUAGUUUGGAACAAACUUGAUCAUAAAAAUCAAAAUUUGUCAGAAUUUCCAAAUGUUGGAAGCCUGUUGGUCAAAUUAUUAUUUUAUAAGUUUGUGUCUGUUUUACAGCUUUUGUACAUUUCGUUUUCCUGGGAGUGACUGUAGCAUCUGCUUGUUGUACUGAAGCCUGAUAGAUGUAGAGCUUAGCCCGACCGUAGACUUAGAAUAAGCAACGGCAAAGCAUACUAAAGAAACGAGUAACUGUCGACAAAAGCGAACGCGCUGUGAACACAGGUGCCUUUAGGCUGGAAUUGAAGCGCUGCUCAUGUGGAGGGAUGUUACUGUGGGAAGCUGAACGAGGGCUGCUGGUGUAUCUGGGAAACGCUCCCACCUGUGACCGAGAGGACGACCUCUUUACUCCCGUGUGAAGGAGAACACAUCAUCUUCUUGGUAUUUCAGUAUCUCAGUAACUUUUCUGAAAAGUGUUCCUGGAAAAGCACCGGGGUGUUUUCCUGUGGGGUGACGCUCACAGCUUCUCAGCGAGAGCCUUUGACACAGAUGGAUGUGAAAACGUUUAACAAGAGAAAAUGUAAACUAGUGGAAGAAAAAAAAAAUGUUUGAAAAUGUGAAGAAAUGUUUUCUAUAAAUAUGUUGUAUGAAAAUCAA